UUCUUCUAUACUUUUAAUUGAAGAUAAUAUCACAUUAUUUCUGUAAUGUUCUGAGAAAUAUCAAAAUAUUAUUGCGUGUGAAGGAAAAAAAUAUGAAGAAGUCUCCGAUAAUAACACACCGUGCAACCCUCGACUAUACAUUGUAUCUUGCGAAACUUCUCGGGUUGUUCGAAAUCGACGAAGAGCCGCUUAGUAAGUACGUAGUGGUUACUUUAUUCAGAAUAUUUAAUUGGAUUAUCGUAACGCUCAUUACUGUGGCGAAUGCUGCCGAUUUUUGCAUGAAUAUUGACGAUUUUCAAAAAGUUUCUUAUAGUUUAAAUUAUAUGUUUCCAUUUUUAAUGACGGAAUUUAAGUCAAUGGCGAUUUAUCUUCAACGAGAUAAGUUUAGAAGGCUUAUCAAUAAUAUUCAUGCGCCAAUUUUAAUGUUAAAGUAUUCUUCAGAUCUAGGAGUCCUUACAACCAUCAGAUCAGCAAUAACGCUCCAAAACUUUGACUACUCAAUGUUUGUCGGUGCAACAAUCGCUAUAGUAGGCCUAGGUGCCCUUCCAAUGAAAACUUUCCUACGCACCCGCGAAUUCCCAGUCCGGGGAUCAUUUCCAUUCGACGCAACCCAAUUUCCAAUUUUCGAAAUAAUUUUGAUCAGUCAGUGCUACGUAUUAUUAGUAGCCUGCACGUGGAUCAACAUCUUCGACACACCGCUUCUAGGAUUUAUCCGAUGGAUCAACGUGCAAUUGAUCAUCCUCCAAGCGAAUUAUCGUCAUUGCGAUGACCUCACCACAUCCCGCGCCAAUUUUUCAGUAUCUCAGCAAAACUACAACAUAAUCCAGGCUUACCAAUUCUUAAAAGUCCCCGAGGAGCAAAAGGAAAUCCGGUCUUUUGUGCCGUUUACUCUCGAAGAAGCUAACGUUCCAGUGGAUUCAUUUCUUCUGAGAUUCCGAACUUGUGUCAUCCAUCAUCGACGUCUUAUCAACAAUCUCAACAACUGCAAUAGCUUUUUCGGCUUUGUGUUGUUUGGACAGAUACUUUCAAGUGUUCUUCUCUUCUGCGUUGGACUUUUCACACUUGCUGUGUCACUGCACAACAAUAGAGUCACCUUCGCAGACGUUGUUAUAUUAGGAUAUGCAAUGGCCCAUUUAUUUUACUACUGCAUCUACGGCAAUCAACUGAUAAUUGAGAACGACAAAUUAUUGAUCAGUAUUUACGAGUGUGGCUGGGAAAAUCAUUUAUCGAGAAAAUCUAUGCGACUUAUAUUGAACGGUUUAACACAAGGAUUGACUCCUAUGAAAAUGACCGCUGGGGCCUUUUUUGUCUUUUCUAUGCAAACAUACUUAUCGGUUAUAAAAACUUCAUACUCCUACUUUGCGAUUCUGAUCAACAUGGUGUCUGAUGACGAAUGAGCUUACAAUAUUAAUUCUUUACCUUCUCGCUAGAUGGCGUAAGUAGUAAUUUCUGUAGAGCUGAUAGUACUAACCUUUUUAUUUCUUCAUUUAUUAAUAACUGUUUUUAAUAAAUGUAAAAAUUUUUAUUGCGUUAAUAAUAAAAUU